AUGGAGAAAAUCGAAAUUCAAUUAGUUCAUGUGAUCCGCACUCAGUUCCUUCUCUGGAAAUUUCGUCACACUCAAAAUGUUCCUUCUUUCCCAUUCAUUGGAGAAACAAACGACCCUUUAAAAGCUUGUCAAACAGACGUUGCUUUUGUGUCAUGUCAUUUUAAUAAAAAAAAGAUAAAUAAUGACUUCGCAAAGGCGAAAACUAAGUAUUGUGAUCAUAAAAGUGCAAGAGAAGAAGAAAAAGUUGUUGACUUCUUCGUCCCAUUUAAAGCAUACAACACGACGAAGUUGCAUAGUGACGAAAGCGUGAAAUAUCAAAUUACAGCUCAAAGUUGCUUUUGA